AUGGUUUCCGAUAAAAAAGAAACAUUCAAUGAUGAUGAUAUCAUCGCACAUAUAGAUAUAUUGUCUUCUCUAUCCAAGAGUCGGAGCAUUUCCCCGGGUAAGUACCGUUCAUUAAACACCCGCAACAGUAGACAUUCUUCACCUUCGAAAAAAAAUUCUCUAGAAAGAGUGGAACUAUCUACUAUAACCACGCCCCCAAGAUCUUUACUCUCUGUUCUAAAGUCUGCGUCUCAAGAGGCAGAUAGUCCCACAAAUGAACAACGUCCAGUUACUAAGAAGUACAAGAAAUCUGCAACGACUAAGAAAGCGAAGAAUCCGAAAAAAACCACAUCAAACAGUAAAUCAACAGUUGCCGAUACCCCGAAAACAAAAAGGGGACCGGGAAGACCUAGAAAGAAUACGAAACCACCUGAAGUGAAAUCAAAAGUGAAAGAAAAAUUAAAAGUAAAAGAAAAGUCAAACAACAAAAAAAAAGAAUCUUUAAAACUAACCGAGAAAAAGACUAAAGAGAGUAAAAUUAUUAAACUGGAAUUGUCAACAGAUAACAUUUUACCACUAACAUCUCAUAGAAGAAUUGUAACUAGAUCAACGAGAAGGUUAGAGCUCGAUAAUAGUAGUGAAGAUGAAUCAUCAUCAUCAUCAUCAUCAUCAUCAGAACAGGAAUUUAUACCUGAAGUAGAAGUAGAAGAAGAUUCGAACAAGAAAAGUAUAAUUAAGCCAAAAAAGACUAAUGAAAAGAAAUCGAAAAUCGAUAAUAAUGUGGAGAAACCAAAACUUAAAAGAGGUCGUCCCAGAAAAUAUAAGAUUGAACAUAAUACGAUUGAACCAAUGACUCCUAGGAAGAAACCUAAAAUAAAUGAAUACACUGCUUCAAAAGAUUUCAACUUUGUAUCACCUUUGAAAAAAAUGAUCUUAGAUAAUUUACAACAAUAUAAAGAUUACAAUAGGACCUUUUCUCUAAAAUUAAAUAAAGAUUUUGUUCCAGCUCCACUUCCACAGUCUGAUUAUAAACCAAGACAACUGGUUACCAAAGCCAAUGAUUUUUUGGAUACAUUUGAAGGUUAUUUGGAUCAAAAAAAACCUAGUAGAGCAAAAGGAAAAUCCACUAAUUCCUUGGCCAUGGCCCCUGAGGUUACAAGAGAAGAAUUUGGAUUAAUAUCAAAUCUAUUCAAUAAAAUGUUUUUAAAAAACAAAAGAGAGAAAUUAUAUGAACUACACCUCAAAAUGUUUUCACAAUAUUGGUUUGAAAUUACUCAAGGUUUUACUUUACUGUUUUACGGUGUUGGCUCAAAACGUGAAUUUUUAGAAAAGUUUGCUAUUGAAUACUUGUCUCCCAAGCUGAAACAGAUACAAUUGUUCAUGAGAAGUGAUAAAACUCUUAAUAACAAAGAUAGUGAACAAACAGGCAUUCCUUGUAUAGUGAUUAAUGGAUACAAUCCUACUUGUAGUUACAGAGAUAUAUUUAAAGAUAUCACCGAUAUUUUGUUCCCAGAAGCAUUAGCAAGAAAUGAAACCAAAUAUUGGGGGAAUCAUGUUACCUUACAAGUAAGUAAAAUGAUUGAAUUCUAUAAAACACAACCUAGUGAUAUUAAGUUGAUUCUUGUAAUCCAUAACAUCGAUGGUCCUAGUGUUAGAAAAGACCCCUUUCAAACCAUGUUGAGCUCUUUGGCUACAAUUAAACAAAUUGCCAUUGUUGCCUCCGCAGACCAUAUCUAUGCACCAAUCCUAUGGGAUGAUAAAAAAGCACAGAAUUACAAUUUUAUCUUCCACAAUGUAUCCAACUAUGAACCAUAUUCUAUUGAAUCCUCCUUCUAUGAUGUAAUGAAAAUAGGUAAGAGUGAAACAUCAGCUGGUGCAGAAGGUGCCAAAUAUGUUUUAGAAUCCCUAACAAUUAAUUCCAAAAAAUUAUUUAAAUUACUUGUUGAGACUCAACUUUCCAAGUUAGAAUCAGAGUAUAGUGGAGAUAAAAUACGGUCCACAAAACGUUCUUCACCAAAUUCAGGUCUUGAAUUCCAACAUCUUGCACAACUCUGUGCUCAAGAAUUUAUUGCAUCCAAUGAUAUUUCUUUGAGGUCUAUGUUGAGAGAAUUUGUUGAACAUAACAUGAUAAAUAUAUCCAAAAACAAUGCUGGUAUAGAAUAUGUAUGGGUUCCUUACAAAUAUUCAGAAUUACAGAAAUUGAAAACUACUAUUCUUUCUAACAUAAAAUAG